GGUGACAUGGCGUCGCACGGCUGGCAUGAGGGGAGCUGGUCCAGUGGCUUGCAGGCGCUCCACGAGACGCCGUCCCCGCAGCUGCCCUCUCCGGCGGGGGGCGGCAGCCUGGAGGCGGCGCUGGAACGGCUGAAGUUGCUGCACUUCUUGCCGCGGCUGCGGGGCCUCGGCGUUGAGGUCCUGGGCGACGUGGGCGACCUGCUUGACGCCGAUCUUGGCGAGGCUGCCCGUGUAUCAACAACUCCCAGGGUGGGAUGCCAGAGCACGUCCUGAGUGCGUCACGGGCUGCAGCGCGUGCGGCGGUAAGCGUUUGUUGCACCCGCCUGCGCGUAGGACCUAGGGGUGGGUGGCCAGAGGUGACCCGCUCGUAGUGCCUGUGCCUCUUCUCAUUCCCUAAUCUGACAGGCGGCGGGGUCUCCGAUGAUCAGCCUCUGUCCAGCAGUUUAAAGAGCUCAGUCCACAUAACGUCCCUGUGCCCUCCAGCGCGACGGUGCAGGCAGAAUGGUCCUCUCCAAGAGGAGCAGGCCAGGGCCGCUGCUCUCCUGCGUUUCCUGCGCCCGCGCUCUCCUGCCCAAUCUACAGCUGCGGGCACACGCAGCGCUCGUUCAAGCGCCGAGCGUAGCGACCAAGGGGUCCGGCGCGGUGUAGUUAUUGUGGACGGCGCGCGGAACCGACGGAGACAACCCGUUCUUCAGCUGCUGCGGCAUAGUGGGCGCAACACACAUCGUC